CCAUUUCACUCCCUUCCCCGGUCUCACCAUUUCCAUGGCUGCCUCAGCCUCUUCUUUGGCAAUACUGCCCUCCGGGUUCAGAGGCUCAAGAACAAAAAUCUUUGAUCUUCGCUCAAGACCCACGAAUAAUUUGGUCUUUUCAGUUUCAUCAAGCUCUAAUUCUCGUCAGAAAAAGUCAUUCAGAGUCUUGGCUUCGGUUUCGGUCUCCGACCCUCCAGUCCGGAGUAGCCCUGAUGAUCUUGUUGCUUCUAUUCUUUCCAAGGUGACAGAAAGUGAUAGAGGUGUUCUGUUGAAAAAGGAAGAGCACCAAAAGGUAGCUGAAGUGGCUCAAGAAUUGCAGAAGUAUUGUGUUAAUGAGCCUGUAAAAUGCCCUCUUAUUUUUGGAGAUUGGGAUGUGGUAUACUGCUCAAGGCCAACAUCACCCGGGGGAGGCUACAGGAGCGCAUUUGCGCGACUUUUUCUUAAAACAAAUGAAAUGAUUCAGGCCAUAGAGGCUCCUGACAUUGUCAAAAACAGAGUGGCCUUCUCUGCAUUUGGAUUCUUGGAUGGAGAGGUCUCCUUGAAAGGGAAGUUGAAGGCUCUGAAUGAGGAAUGGGUACAGGUUAUAUUUGAGCCUCCAGAAUUAAAGGUUGGAGGAUUGGAACUCAGAUAUGGCGGCGAAAGUGAAGUGAAACUCCGAAUUACCUACAUAGAUGACAAAAUAAGGCUGGGAAAAGGCUCCAAAGGCUCUCUAUUUGUUUUCCAAAGGCGCAAUUAAUUCUGUGUGAAAUGUUCAAAGGAACCAAAAUACCAACCUCCAUGUAAAAAUAUCUUUUCUUCAGUUAAUGUAGUAGAAAGCAGUAUUAUCGACAAGUUUGUGCUCUCCAUAGGCAUUGAUGAGUUUUUUCCCAUUUAAUUCAUAUGGUGUAUCUCUUCUCUCGUGUCUUUUGCUGACACAAUCUCAUUGAGAAGGAAAAGUGAUUUCCACAUGGUUGCUGGAUUGAGCAAGAGAA